UUACCGGCAGUCUGGUGCUCCGGCACCUGGAUCUUUUCGCAUCGUUACAACCUGCUGCCGGGGAGGAAACAUGAGGGGAACAUUUUAACUUUACGGGACUUUUUUCAUGACCUGCAUGAAACCUUUAGAAACCCGCAGAAACUUACUUUCUGCGCCUUUUUUCCUGCACCUUUUCUGUCGCUCUGAAUCUCCAGGGUGUCACCUCCUGACAGAAAAAGUGUAACCUGAGACCAGAUCAAGCUUCUUCCCUCCGAGAGAUGAUUCACAUCUAGAGCAGCUCUCUGGGCUACCUUGUUUCCUCUCCCGAGCCAAUGAGGCGAGUCAGAACCUUCAGCGCCAUGCUCGUCGUCACAUCAUUUCUCCUUUUCUUCUACUUGAACUUCCGUCUGGAGAUGACCACCACCGUCAGGGCCACCAAGAACGUCUCCAGGAAGGAGGACUUCACCACGAUUCCCGCCGUUGUGCACAUUGUGACGGUUUCCAACGACCUGAGGCAGAUCAUCCCCAAGGAUAGCGCCUACUGGAAUCGCCUGCUGUACUCGGCGAUGAAGAAUUUGGAGAACGGGGAGAGACCCAGGAGAAGGGAGCCCCACUGGUCCGUGUGCAGGGAGGAGAACUGGGAGCUGCUGAAACUCAACGUUCAUGAUUUCGACUCCUACCCAGGCAUGAUGCAGGAGUUCCUGCGGGGCAUGAACUGCCUGUCCCCGCCAUUGCUGAUCGACCAGCCGUACAAGUGCGUCAGGGCGGUGAGGGAUAACCAGACUCUGCUUUUGGCCAUCAAGUCGUCCCCGAGAAACUUCGAGAGGAGGCAGGCAGUGAGGGAAACUUGGGGGCAUGAAGGUGUGUACGAGGGCGGCAUGAGGGUGCGCCUGAUGUUCCUCAUGGGGAACAUGGCGCCAGACGACCCGGACCUCAGCACGCUGCUGUCGUUCGAAGCCAAACACUUUGAGGACAUCCUGCAGUGGGACUUUGACGACUCUCUGCUGAACCUGACCCUCAAGAUGAACAUGUUUCUCAAAUGGACGGUGAAAAACUGCCCCUCUGUUUCUUUCAUCUUCAGCGGGGACGAUGACGUCUUCGUCAACACCCCUGGACUGAUCAAGUACUUGCAGUCCCUGGACACUAACGAAGCAUCUCAGCUGUAUGCCGGACAAGUCAUCAGCACGGCGAGCCCCCUCAGAGACCCUCGAAGCAAAUACUACAUCCCUCACAGCUUCUAUAACGGCCCCUACCCCGCUUACGCCGGCGGUGGUGGGUUUCUCUUCUCCGGAGCCCUGCUGAAGCCUCUGUUCACAGUUUCACAGAUACUCCCCCUAUUCCCCAUCGACGACGUCUACGUGGGGAUGCUCAUGAAGGCUCUGGGGGUUUCCCCCAAUAGCCAUGGAGGAUUUCAGACUUUCGACGUCAGGAAGGAAGACCGCGAGAACGUCUGCGUGCACAAAGCGAACCUCCUGAUUCACCAGCGGUUGCCACAUCAGGUCGAGAAGCUGUGGAGGGGCAUCAACAACCCGCACCUGACCUGUUGAAACAGAGACCGAUCGACUGCACAUUCGCGUGACUGGAUGCAUCAUAACUUGGGAGGGGGACGUUUAAAGUAACUCAAAGUGGGGUUUUAACUGGACUUAUUUCCACAGGAAGAAAAGGACAAUGUUUUCGUGUUUACUCCUGUCGAGCCAAAUAAAUAUUAUUCAUGACGACAAA